UGGCAGAAGACCAGAAAGCUAUCCGGGUCAUGCUUAACCGCUCGGAACACUAGGGAGGAUUCAUCCUAGUUUCUGGUGUCCGUGCCGGAGAUAUGGAAUCGCCAUCGCCAUCGGCGUCGAAGGUGGAGGUAAUAAAGCAGGCAAUAAAGCAGGUGAUGGAAGAGGUGGAAUCCUCAUCCCAUGAUGACGUUGACCUCCUCUCCAAACUGAUGUCUCAGUUGGAGAGGUUGGAGACUGAACCAGAAGCCAACACAGAGGGAUUAGCUUUCCUUGCAAUCUCCAAAUUGGACUCCAUGGGUGACGAUGUGGCAACCAAAGUGAGCAAAAAUGUGCCAAGAUUGGAAGAAGAAGAAGAAGAAGAAAAGAUAGCAAAAGAGCUUAAGUAUGUGAAGAGGCAGAAUUUUAUAACACACUGUCUUCUUUCGGUCAUGAUAAUCGUCACCAUUGCUUGGCAGAUAUCCGAGGUCUCCAUCAUGUUGACACUCAAAGAUAGAGUGAGCCACCCGUUCCGAUCCAUUAGUGGCGUGUUUAAGGGGAUGCUAAAACCACGUAAACCAAAUGGUAAUGAAGAAGAGUCCUCUGUUACGUCUAUUACAAGUGACCUCAUCGAGUCCUCGCCAAUGCAUGAUCUCAGAAUUCCGGAGCUCCCUAAAAUGGACUUGAGUUUUCAAGAUGAAGAGUGAGUUACACAAUAGAUUUCACCAAGAAUCACAAGAAAUUCAUUACUCUUCAAAGUACAAAGGGUGCUCUCAAGGUAUUGUUGCUUGUUUUCUUUCCAAAUGUUUCAAAUGUGUAGAUAACGGAUUUAAGGUGAAUUAUAAAUAUGUGUUUUUUAUUUGAUGUUGCU